AUGGGAAAAGACUCCAUCCACCCCCACAACCCACAUCCCCCCACCCCACACCCUUCACACCCACACCCAACACUUCCCACCACACCCGACACCCCACACACCCUCCACACCCACACUCCACACCUCCCACCACACACCACACCCUCCACACCUCCCACCGCACCCGACACCCCGACACCCCCACGCCACGCAGUCAAGUCCCUAGCGUUCUGUGUCGUUGUCGCCGUGAGUCUUAUCUCGGACACACGUGGCGCGGCGGGACAAGGCGCCUUACAUGGGGCGUGGGGCAGCGAUCCAGUAGGCCCUUGGGGAGAUUAUUGCAACUCCUUGACCCCCGAUGUCCCGUGGCAGCCUCGGGUGACACUCUGA